AUGACCGCCAACAUCUCGCCGCCAAAGAUUGUGCUGCUAGCUGUCUACCUCGCGACCAAGGCCGAUGUUGACAGCUUGGCAGCACUGGCGUCACGAUACGACAAGGUCCUCCAGAAAGACCUUGUCCUGCGCAUCCUCCUGACAUGCCUCCCUGAGACUGUCGAUGCCGGCGCCUACGUGCCGCUAAUACAACAGCUCGAUACCGACGUCGGCGGACCAGAACCCGAAGGCAACGUUGACAUCGACACAUCCUCGGUGGAUGACUUCACAGAUGCCGAAGCUGCGAAGAAGGUCCGCAAGCUACGGCUUCUGCCUUUGGUAUCCGAGAAGACACCUAACGGUGCAGCCGACGGCCUAGUCAGCCAGUUCCUCAUCGCUCGUGCGCACCGUGUCGACGAAGAAGCCGGCCUGCUCGCCCAGCUGCCCGACCUCAUCGUACCAUUCCUAGACCACGCGCCGUGCAUUCGAACAUGGAUGAUCUCGGCGCUGCUCCCCCUUCUCCGGCGAAACUACGAGUACUAUCCCGAACACCCUAUACCUUAUACCCUCGAGGCCUUUGAGCACUUGAAUGACCGGGCCGCUGUGAGCCUUCUCCUGGAACGGACAGGUGCCCAAGACGAGGACCUACCCCAUGUAGGACGAGACUUGCGCGGCCUCAUCGGGCCUUGGCUGUACAGCGAGUCGAGGUGGAAGCAGGCCGAGGACAUUGUGGGCGCCGAUGGGCAAACAGAUCCGAAAACCAAACUGUGCCCGGGCUGGGAACAACUACUAGAAUGGCUUACCGCACAAGCAUCCAGGUCGUGGAAGGUGGCUAUCAAGGCUAUCGAGCAAUGGGACGGUCCGGAUGAUGUUGACCUGGGUGGUUUUGGGUCUAUGUGGCUUGAAGACGAGGAGCAGGGCUAUCUCGAGUCGAGAUAUGCUCGUGCUGCAUUAGCAUCGGCAUACCUGGUCCCCGAGGCUUCCGUCGAGGCUCUGGUUGGUGUCAACACAAUCAUAACCAGGGUGAUGAAUCUCCUGGGCGAAGAUGCUUUCCCCACCCUCCAAGUGGCUUCCUCACUCCUGUCGCCACUUACGGAACUCAUCAAUGAGUCGAUAAUCUCAGCCAAGAACGCGACUUUUAUGCGCAAUGACCUGUUAGAAGAAACCAACAUUCUCACAGCACCGUCGAAGAUGUCUGCGCAGAUCCUCCACGCUCUCACCCUGAGUGCUUUCAUCCUGACCAAGGCCGGCGUCCCCUGUAACAUUCGCAGAGCUGGUGAGCUGGCAUUUCUUCAGGACGAGAGAGAGCAGAAGUCCGAGGCCAUAAAAUUCAUCAACACACUACGGAAUAAUGCGCCCAAGACUGAUGACAAGUACUGGAUCAGAGUACGUAAUGAGCUCUUGUGGCUGCGCGACUGGGGCGCCGAGGAGGCUGGCGUUUCGUCCUCACCCGUGCAGCUUAACGGGGUUUUUGGACAGCUCAAGAGGGAGUUCCUCGAGAUCGAGUGUCUCAAGGCAUUCUUAGCCAGCGGACGCUACGCUCUCGCAAGAUCGGUAUAUGAAGACUCGCCAGAGAACCUUCUCUCUACCAAGACUUUAGAAGAUACCAUCAUUGCUUCAGCCAUGAACGCGUACGAUAACGCUUCCAACCCCAACCGCACACGAGGUGGCCUUCUCAAGUGUGCUGAGAUCGCACAGUCAUUUCCUAAGACUCUGCCAGAGGAUGGUGCCUCGGCCAAGAAGAUUGAAACUCUGCUCCGUGCAACCCACGGCCUGAGCGAGUAUCGCCUUGUGCUCAAGCAAGGGGAACCAUUCACGCCAGUAGUUCUGCGAGUCCACGCGGACCCGAUAUCAAUUAUCGGCAAGGUCUUGGAGCAAAACCCACAUAGCUACACAAGGCUCCAGGCAUUUUUAGAAAUCGGCACAAAUAUGGCAGACGCCGGCCUGCCCACCAGUGAGAAGUCGGCAAGAUCCUCUGGCGUUACUGGGGACAUGGCUCAGCAGCGUGCGCUUGUCGAGAAGCGUGUCAUCGCAAUGUGCAUUGAUGCUGCACUAACGGAAGACGACUUCGAGACUGCAUAUUCCUAUGUAGUCAACCGGCUAGCCUCCACCACCGGGCCAGCCGAAUCACUUUCUGCUGGGAGCAAGAACGGGCAUGGUGCUGAAGCAAGACCGUCACCAGCCAUCACCGAUGACUACUCGUGGAAGGCUGCUCUGCAGGCUGGUAAGUACCGUCGCACAGCACGCACUAUCCGUCCUACCCAUAUCGGCACUGCUAGCGGGAACAUGGACAUCCGCCACCUGGAGCAGAGGAUCGAGUGCCUCUCGACUGCGUUGAGGAUUGCGCCGACAGUCACGCUCCAGGAGAUACUGAACGUCUUUCGACGAUGUGAGGAGGAACUGGACGCUGCCGUCAAGGCCGAAGAGGAACAAGAGUCGGCUUGGGAUGACCAGGGCGACGUCCAAGCUAUGCCGGGGGCCUUUAGCAGCACUGUCCCGGCUGGUGUAGUCAGGCACAAUACUUCAAGGCCAGCUAAACACCAAGAGGAGGCACCAAUGUCCCUAUUCGAUCUGUCACGGGCUAGCAUGGCCAGAGCUCAGCGCAACUUCUCAGCACUGUCGAGCCUACAACGCAGCGAGCAAGUCAAGGACGAUGACGAAGAGGAGAUCGACAAUCAGGCCAGAGUGCGGAAGAGAGACCAGCUGCGCGAAGCCGCCGUUGGCACGUUGGCGUCGGGCGUCGGUUGGCUGAUAGGGGCGCAGCCGGUGGAUCGUUCGCAGGAGCAGCGGGACUGA